ACCCCCAAAUCUAUGAGGCACAUCAUCGGAUUUAGAUGGGUGUGCGAUUUUAUUAACUUUCCAUGUUCUGUUGCCGUGUUUCGGGAUCUGCACGAUCUGUCUUUCAACCACGCUUCCAAGGGGGAUGGGUAUGGUUGGUGGACCAUCAUCAACAAAAGAUCCCGAAGGAAGGGGGAGCCGAACUACAUUACGGCCUACCCUUACCUCAGCUCUGAUCAUAAUUGGAAGACGGAGUGGUUGUUCGUUCGUGUGCCGACAGAUCCGAAGCAUCCACAUUUUUACCGCCCUCCGAAGUGGUUUGUGACUCCUGAUCCUGAUAUGCGAAGCGUGGCUGCUCCGGAUCGGAACCAUCACCACUACGUGGAUCUCCUCCAGUGGUUUUUGGCUCGGGAGGACAACUACAAAUUGCCGUCCAACUGGCUCCCGAACCUCAACUAUAUCUUGCGGGAGGACAUUCUUGCUGUUGCCGGUCUCAGCAGGAUUUUUGACAGGGGUAGGUGUCUUUCGGCUGGGACCGUGCUUUAGUAAGUUUGUCCUCCUCCUUUUUGGUCUCGUUUUAUUGACUUCGUUUUGUGCUUUGUUUCUGCAGAGUACGGCUUUAGCUGCGUUGAUCCUGUGGUCUUGGGUAUUUCUUUGGAUCUGAAGACCAUUCACGACUCGGCCCCUGAUUAUAAGUUCGGGAAGGAGAAUCCUCGUAAUCCUCGCUUGAAGGAUUACGUGCUGUCUCCGUCGGGUGUCGCUCGGAUAUCUGAAGUUCGAGCUGAUCCGUGGGAUUCUGCCUCUUCUCCCGAAGCUGUUCCAGUGAAAGUCGUGCUCCCUGAUUUGAGGACAACCUCGGAUCCGGAUCAGCGCAAAAGGAAGGGCAGCACUCUUUUGAGGCCUUCUGCGCAUCCGAAGAAGGCGAAAGCUUCUCAGUCUUCGGAGAAGGAAGUGGUUUCGGAAGUCAUGCCUCCUCCCAAAAAUCUCCUUCACUUCAUGCCCUUGCCAGGGCAGAAGUUGAAGAGUGUGGUGGUUGCGGAACCGCCUCCCGUGGACCAACCGUUGGCUGAGGAAGAUACCAUCCCCUCUCCGCUGAAGCCGUCUGCUGCUUUAGGGAUCGAGAUCCAGGAUAUAACCAAGGUGAUGGAGGCAAUUGAAGCCGACCUUGUUCCUGGCUCGGAUGUCCCUAUUGUGGCCGAGCAGAAGGAAGAAUCUGCUGACGUUUCUCUCGAAAGGGAGAAAAGUCCAGAUAAGGAGAUGGUGGAUCUCACCGAAGCUCACAUAGAGGUUCCCGAAGCUGAGAAGGAGGUCCCUUCUGCUGAGGAGGAGCAAACCAAGCAGGGUCUGACGAGGAAGAGGCGCCACUCGACCUUGGGCUCUACUUCGACCUCGUCCCUGGAUAGACUGAUCCACGCUGACCCUUGCUCGGAUGUUCCGCUGAAACGGAUCCCCGAGGAGGUAAGGGAGGCGAUGGCUCGCUAUGCUAGAGCCCCGGUUUUGGGGGAGAACCCCAUGGCUCACGUGGGAUCUUUGGUGGGUCCCGAAGCUGCACGGGAGAAUCUUCUUCGGGCCAACCCGCAGUGGAGGGUUCCUGGAGCUGAGGAGAGGAACCCAGCUAUGAUGGCCCAAUAUUAUCUGAAUGAGGCUGUUUUCUGGUCCUCGUUCGCUUCCGAGUGUAGCUCGGUUGAGGAGAGGCAACUGAGGAGGUAUCAGGAGGCUUAUGCUCGUGAUAUCCCUGUCUUGGACCAGAAGGCUGGGCGGCUCAUGGCCGAGAUGGUGGAGAUCAAGCAACUGUACCUUCAGUACAGUCGUGAGGCUAGGGAAGCGGCGGAACAGAUCGGGGCCGAAGUUGGGAAGCUCACUUUCCAGGUUGAAGAGGAUGCUGAAAAGAUAGCUUCCUUCGACAGGGAGAGGAGAGAAAUGGCUGCCAAGUUUGCGAGCGAACUUGAAGAAAAAGACAGUCUUCUCAAGGAGAUGACGUCUAAAUUUGAGGCGGCCAUUAAGCAGAGGCAGGAAGCGGAGGCGAGGCUUCAGCAGUUUAUCAAGCACCGGGAGAUUGUUCAGAAUCAAGCUGACAAGGUGCCCGUUCUCCAGCUGAAGAUCCGAGAGAAGGAUGCUGCCAUUCGGAAGUUGGAGCAAGAGAGAGUUGACCUCUACACUGCUGAUCAGUGUAGGGAGCAAUACUGGAAUGGCAUCCUGGGUGCUCGGCGGAUGUUCGCGAAGCAUAUGCCUCAUUUCCCUUGGAAUGAGAAGGUUCCGCUCUGGAUGAGGGCCCAGGAUCACUUGGUGGAGUGCCAGGCCGAUCGAGACGAAGCUGAAGCUGAACGCCAAGCUGCUCUUGCAGAGGCUCGGGCCCAGAAGGCGGCUUCCGAAGGUGAUACUACUGCUGGGGGUUCUUCGAAGGAUGCUCCUCUGGGGGAUGCUCCUGAGACUCCCAAGAGUUAGGGAUUCGGGCAGUCGUCUUCUUCAGAGUCGGUCGGUUCCAGUUGAGGACUUCCGAACAUGUGCUUGCCUUUCCCCCUUUUGCCUCGG